GAGAAAUCAUCUGCUUUGGCAUACCAUCAUGGAAGAAACGACGCAUUCCCAUCCCAUGGAAUAUGCUCGUCUCUUCCAUCUCGGUAUCCCCUUCCCAAUGCCUUCCUCCACGGAGAAACAGCUGGAGGAGGGAAAUUUCUGGAUUAUUCAGCAUAUUGCGGGUGCGCCGAUGGCAUCAUCGCGCUUGAGGGCUCCAGCGGCGGUUUAGAAAUCAAACACCACCACCACCUACCCUUUCCAUCGGCCCCCCCUUCAGCCUUGCCUUCCUCUUUCCUACAAAUACGUCGUCAUCCCGCUGCUUGUUAAUGCGAAUGUCAUUCUUGACUCGACCUGUGAAGCUUAUUAGCGAGAUUUCUAGACGGACGAGUACCAGAUUACCUUUUCAACGCCAAAGCCGAACGAAAAACUUCAUUCCGCAGUAUCAAUUCCAGAACACAUAUACACGAAGAGCUUUUAGUGGAACGAUUGUAAAGAUGGGUGUUCAUAAUAUCAGCACGUAUGUUUUCUUUUCCCCUCUUUGCUUGAUGAUGAGGGUAGAUGAUGGCAGAUAUGGUGGUCGUGAAGAGUGGGAGUUGCAGAGAUGCGAUGCUGAUAUCACAAUAGUGCAGAGGAAUGGAAGGCCUGUCUCAAGGAGAAGAAGAUCGUGAUUCUCGAUUGCUUCGCAACAUGGUGCGGUCCUUGCAAGGUCAUUGCUCCUACCGUCGUCAAGUAUGUAUUCCCAUCCCAUCAACCUCAUCACCCCUCAUCAAGAUUUAUUGCUCACACCGUUGUUUGUUCCCAGGUUCUCCGAUGAAUUCCCCUCCAUACACUUCGUCAAGAUCGACGUCGACGAGGUCCCGGAUGUUGCUCAGGAACUCGGUGUUCGUGCCAUGCCUACCUUCCUCAUCUUCAAGGAUGGCGAGAAGGUUGGUGAGGUUGUUGGUGCGAACCCGCAGGUUUUGAGGACUGCUGUAGAGAAGAUUGCUGCUGGGUAAAUUACUCUUCCAAGUACCUUUCUUGCCACGGGGAAACUGUUGGGGAUGGAUAGAAGAAAUGGGGUUGUACGAUGGAUAUCUUGAUUCUCGCUGAGGGAGGAAGGUAAAUGGGGUGAUGGUUGAUAUAGGUGGGCUUGCCUGCUUGGUACCUAGCUAGAGAGAAAGCAAUUGAGGAUGUUUUACGA